AUGUCAGGCAAGGGAAGCUUCGCGGUGUCGCGGAGCCAUGGGGGAGACAGAUUUUACAACCCGCCGGCGGUGCGGAGGCAACAGCAAAUGCUGUUACAACAACAACAGUUGACGCAGAAGCAGCAGUUGAUGCACCAGCAGCAGCAGCAGGAGCUGCAGACGGCGGGGUUGAAGACGGAGUAUUUGACCCAUGCUGAGGCGGGGAACCGAAGUGAGUCUGAUGACUCGAAUGCAGCAUUGUCGAAACUGGAUUCUGUCCGAUCGGUUUCGCCUCCUGUACAACCGCCGCCUGUUGUUAUUACUAACUUGGAUCGUUUGAUGGAAUCCGUUACUCCAUUCAUUCCUGCACAUUGCGGCUCUGAGACAAAUGCAAGGGGAUCGAAAAUGCGGAAAUCAGUGUCUCAUCCAUUUUAUUGUUUGGAUGAUCUGUGGGAAUCUCUUAAAGAGUGGAGUGUGUAUGGGGCAGGAGUACCUUUGGUAUUGAACGAGAAAGACCGAAUCAUACAGUAUUAUGUUCCAUACCUGUCAGGCAUACAGUUGUACAUAGACUCUAAGAAGCCUUCUUCACGACUUAGGAGGCCUGGUGAGGAGAGUGAUGCCGAAUCAUCUAUGGAAACAAGUAGUGCUGGCAGCAGUGAUUGUGAAGCUGAUAGGCAUUCCAAAUCCGUUGCGGAUGGGUCGAGGAAUCAGCAGAACCUCAUUAAUUUUAACUCCCAACGUCUAAACAAACUUGUGCUGAGAGAUAAAUCUGUCAUCAGUUCAUCUAGUGACGAAGCUGAAAUUUCUAAUUCACCUGGACUGCCUGUGUUUGAAUAUUUGGAGCAAGAACAACCAUAUAACCGUAGACCACUAACUGAUAAGAUGAAGGUCUUUCAACCUAUAGGUAUCGAACCAUACAAAAGAACGUAUCCAAUUUAUAGAAUACCCAUAGGCCCAACACUGCAUGAUCUGGAUGCGUCAUUUUUGACCUUUCAUCCCUUGUCAACGCACUCUAGAAGUAAUAUUUUGCCUCAAUUUCAUGCUGCAAACACUAGGCAAGUCCGUGGAAUUGUUGAUCCGUCUUCAACAAUUUCUUUACCAGUCUUUGGCCUUGCUUCAUACAAGUUAAAAGGUUCAAUUUUGAGCCCUUGUGCAGCUCAUGAACGCGAGCAAGAGAGCUCUCUUUUGCACGUUGCAGACAAUUGGCUUCGCAAUUUGAAUGUUAUUCUCCCUGAUUACCAAUUUUUUCUUGCUCACUCUCAGUGGAGAUGA